AUGCUGGCGGCUGCCAAUAGACAGCUCGAGUGCCUUAAGUACGCACACGACCGGGGCUGUCCAUGGGACGAGUCGGUAUGUGAGUACGCCACGGCCAACAGCAACCUGGAGUGCUUUAGGUACGCCCGAGAAAAGGGUUGUCCAUGGGACUUGUACGCGUGUGAAAAAACGGCCAGAAGUAGGCAAUUUGUGUGUCUGGCGUACCUUAAAGACAACGGCUGCCUUUGGGACAUGUCCACGUGUGACGAGGCAGCGUCAAACGGGCACGGCCAAUGUCUGGAAUACGAGCUGGAAAACGGUUGCGAGUAG